AGAAUUAUUUCCCUUUACUGAACAUGCGAGAUCUACGUUUCAGUGAAGAAUAGGCCAAAAUAUAUUUGUUUCUAAACAUUGAUUAGUCGACGGAAAGAGUGAAAAUGUCAUCAAGGAAUGUGACGGUAAUUACACCUGGUAGCAGACCCAGGGAGAACGUGAUGAAAUUCUCGCACCAUUCUGGCUCCCAAUAUAAACGGAAGAAGAGAAUAUUGCGGAAUGUUGUAAUGGAUUCUGAAUCUGGAGAGGGCUGUUCAAAGAAAAGUCGCAUUGCAGAUUCUGCUGAAGACAGUUCGAUUUCUCUAAAUCCGAAGGAGGCAGACUUAACAGCAACAGAUGCGUCAAUGUCACCAACAUCCAAAUCUCAGAAAAUGCCAACACCCAGUUUUCAGAGUAAACUGCCAUCAGAGUCUGAGAGACCAUUAUCACCCAGAUCUGAUCCAGCAUCUUCACUCAAAUCUGAGAUAACAGCACAACCUCAAUCUCAAAGAACACCAUCACCCAGAUCUCGGAGAACACAACAGACUUCCCAAUCACCUUCUUAUAGGCGCAGGACUUCCGGAUCACCUUCUUAUAGACGUAGGAAUUCCCGAUCACCUUCAUAUAGGCGUAGGACUUCCCGAUCACCUUCAUAUAGACGUAGGAAUUUCGGAUCACCUUCAUAUAGACGAAGGAAUUCCCGAUCACCUUCAUAUAGGCGUAGGACUUCCCGAUCACCUUCAUAUAGACGUAGGAAUUCCCGAUCACCUUCAUAUAGACGUAGGAAUUCUCAAUCACCUUAUUAUGGGCGUAAAACAUACCGAUCACCUUCGUAUAGACGUAUGACUUCCCGAUCACCUUUGUAUAGACGCAAGACUUCACGAUCACCUUUGUAUAGGCGUAGGAAUUCCCGCUCACCUUCAUACAGGCGUAGGAAUUCCCGCUCACCUUCAUACAGGCGUAGGAAUUCCCGAUCACCUUCAUACAGCCGCAGGAAUUCCCGAUCAUAUUUACAUAGGCAUAAAGAUUCCCCAUCACAUUCAUAUAGGCGUAAGACUUCCCGAUCACAUUCAUAUAGGUAUCAGAGUUCCCGAUCACCUUCAUGUAGGUGUAAGAAUUGCUUAGGCAGGACCCAAUUACCAUCAAAUAGGCAUAAGAAUUCCCAAUCACCGUCAAAUAGGCAUAAGAAUCCCCAAUCACCGUCAAAUAGGCAUAAGAAUUCACCACCACCAUCAAAUACGCGCAAGAAUUCCCAAUCACCGUCAGUUAGGCAUAAGAAUUCCCAAUCACUGUCAAAUAGGUGCAAAAAUUCCCAAUCACCGUCAAAUAGGCAUAAGAAUCCCCAAUCACCGUCAAAUAGGCAUAAGAAUUCACCACCACCAUCAAAUACGCGCAAGAAUUCCCAAUCACCGUCAGUUAGGCAUAAGAAUUCCCAAUCACCUUCAAAUGGGCGCAAGAAUUCCCAAACACCGUCAAAUAGGCGCAAAAAUUCCCAAUCACCGUCAAAUGGGCGCAAGAAUUCCCAAACACCGUCAAAUAGGCGCAAAAAUUCCCAAUCACCGUCAAAUAGGCAGAAGAAUUCCCAGUCACCUUCAAAUAGGCGCAAGAAUUCCCAAUCACCUUCAAAUAGGCGCAAGAAUUCCCAAUCACCGUCAAAUAGGUGCAAAAAUUCCCAAUCACCAUCAAAUAGGCGCAAGAAUUCCCAAUCACCAUCAAAUAGGUGCAAAAAUUCUCAAUCACCAUCAAAUAGGCGAAAGAAUUCCCAAUCACCAUCAAAUAGGUGCAAACAUUCCCAAUCGCCAUCAAAUAGGAGUAAAAACUCCCAAUCACCAUCAAAUAAGGGCAAGAAUUCCCAAUCACUGUCAGAUAGGCAUGAGAAUUCUGAUUCAUUAUCAGAUAGGCAUAGGAAUUGUCAAUCACCAUCAAAUAGGCGGAAGAAUUCCCAAUCACCUUCAUACAGGAGUAGGAAUUCCCGAUCACCUUCAUACAGGCGUAGGAAUUCCCAAUCACCUUCAUACAGGCAUAGGAAUUCCCGAUCACCUUCAUACAGGUGUAGGAAUUCCCGGUCAUAUUCACGUAGACAUAAAAUUUCCCCAUCACAUUCAUAUAGGCAUAAAAAUUCCCCAUCACAUUCAUAUAGGCACAAGAAUUCCAGAUCACAUUCAUAUAGGCGUAAGAAUUCCCGAUCACCUUCGUGCAGGUGUAAAGAUUGCCUUAGCAGGACCCAAUUACCAUCAAAUAGGCAUAAAAAUUCUCAAUCACCGUCAGAUAGGCACAAGAAUUCCCAAUCAAUGUCAGAUAGGCGCAAGAAUUCCCAAUCACCGUCAAAUAGGCACAAAAAUUCCCAAUCACCGUCAAAUAGGCAUAAGAAUUCUCAAUCACCAUCAAAUAGGCGCAAAAAUUCCCAUUCACCAUCAAAUAAGCGCAAGAAUUCUCAAUCACCGUCAAAUAGGCACAAAAAUUCCCAAUCACCGUCAAAUAGGCGCAAAAAUUCCUAUUCACCGUCAAAUAGGCGCAAAAAUUCCCAUUCACCGUCAAAUAAGCGCAAGAAUUCUCAAUCACCGUCAAACAGGCACAAAAAUUCUCAAUCACCGUCAAAUAGGCGCAAGAAUUCUCAAUCACCGUCAAAUAGGCGCAAGAAUUCUCAAUCACCGUCAAAUAGGCGCAAGAAUUCCCAAUCACCGUCAAAUAGACGCAAAAAUUCCCAAUCACCUGCAGAUAGGCGCAAGAAUUCCCAGUCGCCAUCAGAUAGGCGCAAGAAUUCCCAAUCACCGUCAAAUAGGCGCAAAAAUUCCCAAUCACCGGCAGAUAGGCGCAAAUAUUCCCAAUCACCAUCAAAUAGGUGCAAGAAUUCCCAAUCACCAUCAAGUAGGCACAGAAAUUCCCAAUCACCAUCAAAUAGGUGCAAGAAUUCCCAAUCACCAUCAAAUAGGUGCAAGAAUUCCCAAUCAUCAGCAGAUAGGCAUGAGAAUUCUAAAUUGCCAUCAGACCGGCGUAGGAAUUCUCCAUCGCCAUCAGAUAGGCAUAAGAAUUCCCGAAGCAGGUCCCCAUCAUUAUGUAGAUAUAAGAGUUACCAGACCAUGUCAACUUCAUAUGGGCAUCAUAAUGCGUGCACUAGGUCCCAAACACAUUCACAUAGGCAUGCAUCUCGAUCUCCAUAUAGGGAAAAGAAUUCUUACAAAAGGUCACAAUCACCUAUUUAUAGGUGUGAGAAUUCCCACAGGAGGUCUCGAUCACUGUCACAUAGGCGUAACAUUACUCAAAGGUCACGAUCACCCUUUCAUAGAUCUGAGAAUUUCCAUAGGAGGUCUCGAUCAAUUUCAUGUAGGCGUAAUAUUUCCCGAAGGUCACGAUCACUUUCAUACAGGAGUAAGAAUUCCCAUAGCAGGUGUCAAUCACAUUCGAAUAGACGUAACUUUGCCCCCAGUAGGUCUCCAUCACCUUCCUAUAGGCGUAACAUUUCCCACAGAAGGUUCCGAUCACAUUCAUAUAGACAUAAUAUAUCUCAUAGCAGGUCCCGAUCACCUUCGUAUAGGCGUAAUAUUUCCCACAGGAGAUCCCGAUCACCUUCAUAUAGACGUAACCUUUCCCACAGAAUGUCCCGGCCACCUUCGUAUAGGCGUAACAUUUCCCAUGGUAGGUCUCGAUCACCUUUACAUAGACAUAGAAUUUCUCAUGGAAGGUCCCAAUCACCUUUGUAUAGACAUAAAAUUUCCCUUGGAAGGUCGCGAUCACCUUCACGUGGACGUAAAAUUUCCCCCAGAAGGUCGCGAUCACUUUCACCUGGACGUAAAAUUUCCCCCAGAAGGUCUCGAUCACUUUCACCUGGACGUAAAAUUUCCCCCAGAAGGUCGCGAUCACUUUCACCUGGACGUAAAAUUUCCCAUGGAAGGUCGCGAUCACUUUCACCUGGACAUAAAAUUUCCCCCAGAACUUCCCGAUCACUUUCACCUGGACGUAAAAUUUCCCAUGGAAGGUCCCAAUCACCGUCACAUGGACGUAAAAUUUCCCACGGAAGGUCACGAUCACCUUCACGUGGACGUAAAAUUUCCCAUGGAAGGUCACGAUCAACUUCACCUGGACGUAAAAUUUCCCCCAGAAGGUCCCGAUCACUUUCACCUGGACGUAAAAUUUCCCACAGAAGGUCACAAUCACCUUCACCUGGACGUAAAAUUUCCCACGGAAGGUCACAAUCAACUUCACCUGGACGUAGAAUUUUCCCCAGAAGGUCCCGAUCACCUUCACCUAGAUGUAAAAUUUCCCCCAGAAGGUCCCGAUCACUUUCACCUGGACGUAAAAUUUCCCAUGGAAAGUCCCGAUCACCUUCACAUGGACGUAAGAUUUCCCAUGGAAAGUCCCGAUCAACUUCACCUGGACGUAAAAUUUCCCCCAGAAGGUCCCGAUCACUUUCACAUGGACGUAAAAUUUCCCACGAAAAGUCACGAUCACCUACACAUGGACGUAAGAUUUCCCAUGGAAAGUCCCGAUCAACUUCACCUGGACGUAAAAUUUUUCCCAGAAUGUCCCGAUCACCUUCACAUGGGCGUAAAAUUUCCCACGGAAGGUCACGAUCACCUUCACCUGGACGUAAAAUUUCCCCCAGAAGGUCCCGAUCAACUUCACCUGGACGUAAAAUUUUCCCCAGAAGGUCCCGAUCACUUUCACAUGGACGUAAAAUUUCCCACGGAAGGUCACGAUCACCUACACAUGGACGUAAGAUUUCCCAUGGAAAGUCCCGAUCAACUUCACCUGGACGUAAAAUUUUUCUUAGAAGGUCCCGAUCACCUUCACAUGGAUGUAAAAUUUCCCCCAGAAGGUCCCGAUCAACUUCACCUGGACGUAAAAUUUUUCCCAGAAGGUCCCGAUCACUUUCACAUGGACGUAAAAUUUCCCACGGAAGGUCACGAUCACCUUCACCUGGACGUAAAAUUUCCCCCAGAAGGUCCCGAUCAACUUCACCUGGACGUAAAAUUUUCCCCAGAAGGUCCCGAUCAUUUUCACCUGGACAUAAGAUUUUCCAUAGAAGGUCACGAUCACCUUCACAUGGACGUAAAAUUUCCCAUGGAAGGUCACGAUCACCUUCACCUGGACGUAAAAUUUCCCAUGGAAGGUCCCGAUCAACUUCACAUAGACGUAAAUUUUCCCAUGGAAGGUCCCAAUCACCUUCACAUAGACAUAAAAUUUCCCAUGGAAGGUCUCGUUCACCUUCAUACAGGCAUAGCAUUUCCCACAGCAGAGGCCGAUCUCCUCUGUCCAUGAGAACUACAUGUAGUUCCCAGAGAGACAAAACCAACUCUUAAUAAUUCUCAGAGCACCUGAGCAAGUUCCUUUAAAGUUUGAUACAUCACCACAUCUUCAGAGCAGAUAAAAGGAUGAACUGAUGCAGUGUCCAUUCCUAUGUCUAAAGUCUGAUACACCAUCACAUCUUCAGAGCAGUUAUAAAACUAAAGAUGAACGGAUGCAGUGUCAUUUCCAAUGUCAGAAGGAAAGAAAUCUCUAGGAAUUUUGGGAGGUGGUGAGAAAAAAAAAGGAGCGAGCAGUGUAUACACUCCAGGUGCCCCUGAGGAUUUCGGACUCUUUUUCAAUCAAUUCUGAUUCAUGUAUGCAUUGUUUAAUGUAAAACUUUUGAAGGAAAUAUGUCAUAUUCACUGUCAAACUUAAAAUAAUGCUUGGAUAUCUAAAGUAGAUAAAUUACCUCCAAGAUUGAAAAGUA